UUAAAAGUACAGUUGUGUGCCAAAAAAAUCAUAAAAUUUUCUCUAAAACAAAAACAAAUAGUUUUUAUAUUAAUAAAAUUUUAACAGCAGUUUGUAAUCAAUAAUAAGAUUGUGAUACUAUACGGCCAAAUUAUUUCAAACAUACAUAAUGCAAAAUGUUUGAGAUUUUAUUGGACGAAUUAAGAGUUUUGCUAGAUUUUAUUAUAAAGAAAUCUAUAUUAAUUAAAUAUUCAGGUAUUAUUUUACCUGAAAACAAUUGUUGACACGUCCAGUUGGACUUUUAAAAACUUCUAAAACACUGUUAAAGUGGAUUUUUUAUUAUUAUCAUUAUUAAUAUUUUGCAGCGUGAAGCAUGUUUAGUUUUCCAUAUGAAUAAUAAUCACAGGGGAUUUUCUGCUCCUCCCAUCUUCUUACAGGAAACUCUUCCCACCAUCUGACUUCACUUUCAGCAGCUGCUGUGAAUCCUGCAGCUCAGCAUGUCUGGGGUCAGUCCUCGCCUCAGGUGCCUCUUCUUCAGCUUCAACGUCGUCUUUGUGGUCGGGGGCGGACUCCUCGUCCUCACCGCUGUGUCGGGUUUGUCUCCCUCUGAGGACACUUUACAUGGAGGAGGACACGAAGACACGACCGUCCACAUGGUCCUGUACGUCUACGGCUCCGUUACCAUGGCGAUCAGCAUCCUCGGGGCCUUCGGGGCUCAUCGGCUGAACCUGACGGCUCUGGUGGUGUGCCUGCUCUGCACCGUGACCACGGGUCUGCUCACGCUCAGAGACGGAAUCACCGCGGCAACGGCCCGACCACAGUUGCAGCGUAGGAUGGAGCUGAGCUGGCGCCUCCUCCUGCCUCUGGACGGAGCCUCAGACGACAGGAAGCAGCGAGUGGAGACGCUGCAGACGUCGCUGCGGUGCUGUGGCCUGUUUGGACAUGAGGACUGGGAGGACCACGUCCCCGACUCGUGUCUCUGCAGCCGCGGGGAGGACGAGUGUCAGGAGGUCGACUACAGAAACUUCCUGUCGAACCUCCUCUGGCAGAAGAAGUGGGUUCACAAGCAGUCCUGCUUCCCUCUCGUCCUCCGCGACGUUAAAACCAACUCAGACGUGACUUUGGCCGUGAGCUUCACGCUGAGUUUCCUGGCGCUGCUGGGGGCGCUGUUGUCGUCUCUGAUGAUCUACCAGACGUUUAACCGGCCGUUAGCGGUGUUUCCCGAGCAGCCGCCCUCCUACCAGCAGCUCUACAACCUCCCGGAGUAGGAGGACACGACGGUUCGCUAGUGAUUCUGUACUUAUUUAAGGUUUGUCCUCUGAGGAGGAGGCUUGUUGCUGCUACGUUCCUGCCACGACUGGACGCAUGCGUCCUAAAUAUCAUCAACACAGUUUAUCAGGGAGCUUCAUCACCGCAUCCUGAACCAUCAUCAUUCAUUCAUCACACAUCUGUAUUUACAGCUUCUAACAUCCUACCUGCACUUUAAACCACGUCUCAGUGCUGCCUUCAGCUGCUUCUGCCUGGAACAUGUUGAUCUGAGAUGAUCUAAACCCUGAGACUGAUUUAAACUUAACCGUCUGAUCAUGUUUCAGUGUUUACGUUGUUUCUCUGUGAGUAACGUUGUGUUGUGGAUGUACGGCUGCAUGACUCAGUGUAGCUUUUCCUGGUUAAUUAAAGGCUAAAUAAAGUAAAACCAUAUUUGGAAUUAAGCCUUUAAAUAUGAGCAGCCAGGUUAUUUAAGGGCUCUGGUUUAACUGAAAUAUAAAAGACUGGUCAUUGGGUGGAAACUCAACUAGAGAAGGCAACUUCAAAAAGACACAAAAAUGCCACUGGGAGGCGCUAGAAACUAAAAACCUACUAUAAAAUGUCCUUUGUGUUUCACCUUCAACACAGUGGAAAUGAAGAUGACAAAAGAAAAGUCCCAUUUUUAAAAUAUCGAGAUGAGACAUGACAUUAGAUCAUAGGGGGUCAACAGGGGGUCCCUGCCCCCUAGGGGUCCACAAAGGUACUGCAGGGGGAAAUCUUUGGUUGAUUAUAUAUUUACAUAUGUUUUUAUUUUUUAAUUUACACCCACAAACUUAAAGAGUGUCCUCAGGUGAAACGCUAUGUAUGUGUUUAUGUUUAUGGCAGGUGAAUAAACCACCUGUUACACAUGUUUGAAAUAAAAAUAAAAUGAAUAUCGGAA